GAAGUGAAUAUUGAAUUCGAAGCACAUUCCAUAUCAGGCAAUGACUAUAAUGGGAUAAAGAAAUUACUACACCAGUUGUUUCUAAAAGCUCCCGUUAACACUGCUGAAUUAACUGAUAUAUUAAUACAACAGAAUCAUAUUGGAAGUAUUAUCAAGCAGGCAGAAGUCCAAGAAGACAGCAGUGAUGAUGAUGAAGAUGAUGAUGAAGUUUUUGGGUUUAUAAGCUGCUUAAACUUAACAGAAAGGAAGGGUACACAGUGUGCUGAACAAAUCAAAGAGCUGAUUCUAAGUCGGUGUGAGAAGAGCUGUGAACAGCACGUAGUGGAACAACUGAGUAAGCUCCUCAGUGACAGUACAAAGCCUGUGGGUCUUCUGCUGUGCGAGAGAUUCAUUAAUGUCCCACCGCAGAUUGCUCUGCCCAUGCACCAGCAGCUGCAGAAAGAGUUGACUGAGGCACAGAGAACAAACAAACCUUGUGGAAAGUGCCACUACUAUCUUCUUAUCAGCAAGACCUUUACAGAAGCCACAAAGAGCACUUCUAAGAGGAGGGAAGGGAGAAAUCAGCCAAAGGAGGAAUUAAUGUUCGCAAACGCAGAGGAAGAGUUCUUUUAUGAGAAAGCCCUGCUGAAGUUCAGCUACUCUGUGCAAGAGGAAGGUGACACCUGUCUGGGCGGCAGAUGGUCCUUCGAUGAUGUGCCAAUGAAACCUCUGCGGACUGUUAUGAUUGUUGCAGCUGAUGGAAUUAAUGUAAUUAUGGAUAAACUCAAGGACUAUCUCUCACUCUGA